GUUAAAAUUAAACACACUCCUGUGAUUUUUAAACUUAAAUAUACAUGAAUUUAAAUUUUGUAUAAGGAACAACCUUUAACAGACAAUGUAAUGUCGAAUCCAAAAUCGGACGAAUCUCGCCAGAACUACAUCGACCAAAAUCCUUUUGAUGGUUUAAAAAUCGAUGACAACUCAAUUUUAGGUACUUUAGAAGGUAGACAUCCCUGUCCAAAAUGUGCAAAAUCGAGAAAGUUUUAUUGUUAUUCAUGUUACGUGCCUAUCAAGGAACUGGAAGGGAAAUUACCUUCUAUAAGACUACCAAUUACAAUCGACAUAAUCAAGCAUAAACAUGAAAUAGAUGGUAAAAGUACUGCAGGGCAUGCAGCAAUUUUGGCUAAAGAUUAUGUUAAUAUUUAUACCUAUCCUGACAUUCCAGAUUACACAGAUCAAAAUAUUGUACUUAUUUUUCCCAGUCAGAAAGCUAUUAGUGUGAGCCAGUUGAUAUCCAAUGGACUAGAUCAAGAUGUGAUUGAACAAUUCCAAAAUGCACCUUUAGAUGAAUUGCCACAAGGCCAUAAUAGAAGUACAUUAAUGAAAAAAAUUCCAAAAUCUAGAGAAGAGUAUGAAUUUGGAAAUAUUGGAAAGUUGCCUAUUACAAAAGCAAUUUUUAUAGAUAGUACUUGGAAUCAGAGUAAAGGCAUCUUCAAAGACAAAAGAAUAAGCAGUAUUCCAUGUGUAGUGAUUCAGAAUAGAAUAUCCCAAUUCUGGAGGCAUCAAAAAGGCAGUCCUAGAUGGUAUUUGGCUACAAUAGAAGCUAUCCACCAAUUUUUGAUAGAAAUACAUCUCCAUAGGUGGGGACUCAAUCCCAAUUAUAAAGGAAUAAAUAAUUGUUUUACUGAAAAGUGUUUAGACCAAUUUAAGUUGUUAUAUAAUGAUAGUGUUGAAGCUUACAAUGGACAGUAUGAUAAUUUGCUGUACUUUUUCCAGCAUAUGUAUCAGCUUAUACAUGAGUAUUAUAACCACGAAGAACUGUAUGCUUACAAAAGAAGGCUAUUGUGAAGACAUUUACUAAAAGUUUAUUAAUAAAUAUUCAUA